AUGGAAGAACAAAGUCAUAAUAAGUUGAUUGCAAAUGCACGAAAACUACCAUCUGAAAUUGCUGCAGAUGUAACAAAAGGCCAGCAAUUAAAACACGUGGAGGUCACGGAAAAAACGAUUUUACCCACAACACUUGAUAUUUAUAAGGAGAAAAUCGACUUUGAGUUGAAAGAGGAGAUAAAAAUGCAUGAUCGAGGCAAAUUGCGCCACGCAGAUGUCAUUGAAAAAAAUAUUCUUCCAAAACCUGAAGAAGUGUAUCGAGAAAAAGUAGAUGAAAUUCUGAAAGAAGAAAUACUGAAUCGUGAUCUAAGUAAACUUCGUCGUGCUGAGGUUGUCGAGAAAAAUUCACUCCCAACAUCUGAGGACAUAGCUCGAGAAAAAGUUCCUACGUUAAUUGCUAAUUUCAACGCAGAAAAAUUGAAACACGUCGAACCGAUCGUGAAAAUGGAACUUCCAUCAGCUAACGGUUUGAACAAUUUACAAAAAUUAUGA